AUGCAAAAAAAUUAUUUACCUGAAAUUCAAUAAUCACAAUCAGCCCAUCAUUUUGAAACUAAAGCCAAAUCUAAAAUGCAUUCUCCUAGUUCUUCAAUAGAAUGGGAUCAAUUAAUAAAUACUUCUAUACCAAAUUCAGUCAAACAAUAGUUAAAUCCUAAAGGUUAAACAGUUAUCAAUUUAUCAAAAUUGGGACCUUGUUCUGAUAUUUCAUAUCUUAGAUCCACUAAAAGAAACUUUGCUAAACUUGGUACUAGCAUAUACAAAGAACCUGAGCUCUAAUAAACUGUACAUUAUAAUACAUAAUUUAGAAAUACGACAAGAAUAUGUAAUCAUUUUAUGGCACUCUUUAUCGUAAAACAAAUACUCGAAUUCCUUUUAAUACUAAUUUAGAAAAAGAAAGGUUUUAAGGUCAUUUAUUAGAUUUCACAGAAUUGUUUUAAGACAAUCAAAGAUCAACAAACUUGUAAAAGUACUUUGGAGAAAUUUUAAAAUUAGAGAUGUAAUAAUCAAUUCAAGAAAAAGAAAUGAUUCCACCAAAUAGGUAAUAAGCCAUUGAUUUGAGAGAUUGGUUAUUCAUGAUGAUUGCAUAUACUAAAUAAGAGUGUUCAAAUAUGAAUACAAGAGAAUUAGCAGAAAGAAUAUAACUUAUAUAUGCAUCAUGUCUUAGAGAAUUAAUUAAGUAUGUUUUAAUCAUCAAAUAGAUAAGUGAGUAUUGAAUGUACAGAAAGAGGAGAUCUACUAUAAACUGUUUGGGAUUUUUAUGUGGAAUUGAUUGGCCAAAUUAUAAAAUGUUACUCAGAAUAACAAAGGGAAUCAGAAAAAUCUUACUUAGAAUAAAUGUAAAGAAUCUAAAAUUUUCAUGAUUCUUAAAUGGAAAUAGCAAAAUCUAGAUAUUAAGAAUACUAAAAUCAAAUAAUAAAAAUCAAAAACGAAACUUCUGAUUCCAUUGAUGAAUUAAAUCUGACCAAAACAAAAAUGUUAUUAUUAACAUCAGAAAUGAGAUAAUUAAUAGAAACAAAUGAAACAUAAAAAAAUGAGAUUGACUCUUUAUUAUUAUAAAUUAUGUUACUUAAAACAUAAGAUAAUAAUGAUAAUAAGAAAAUUGAAGAUUAGAAGAUUGAUGUUCAAUUAGCAAAAGGUAAAAGUAUUGUAUCUCAUUUACUUAAUUAUAAAUCUAUUGCUACAGAAUAUAAGUUUAAUAAGAAUAAGGUUAAGAAUACUAAUUUUUAAAAAUUUGAAUAACUAAGAGAAUAAGAAUAACUACUCAAAAUCGAUUUAAUUAAUCAACAAAUUUUAGAACCUGAUAUUGAAUAUGCAGAUGAAGAGAUAUAAGUUUAAUUAGAUAUGGAAUAAAAAUAAACAUAAACAGACUUAAACUCAUAAUAAUUAAAUGAUUAAAUCUUAUAAUUAGAAAAUCUAUAAUCCUAAAUUCAACAAAUGGAAUAAUAAUAAUAAGAUAAAGAUUAAUUAAUUGUUAAUUAGUAAUAUGAGUUAGAGUAAUAAAAUUAAAAAUCUGUUUAAGAGUAAUUAAUAUUAGAAUAAAGAUUGAAGGAGGCAAUAUCACUAAUUUAAGAAUCAGAACUGGAUUGUAAAGAAUCUAUAUGUGAGACUCUUAAUUUAUCUAUUCAAUAAACGUAACAACUUUCAUAAAAAUUGAUUCAAUUAGAAAAAGAAGAAACUCAAUAGAAAAUUGAUUUAAUGGAGAAAGAAGAUGUAAAUUAAGAAUUAGAAUCUAAGCUUACAUAAGCAGUUUAGGAUUUUAUUGAAAUAAUAAAAAAGAAAAAAAGUUAAAUAAAGAAAUUAAUGAAAUAAAAAAGUAGUUUAUAAGGUACAUUAAAAUAAAUAACAACAACUUACAAUAUUGAAAUCAAUUAACCGGAAAUAUUGGAAGAAGAAAAAGAGUCAUCUUAAUUUAAGAGUUUUGAUUAAUCAUCAGAUAUAAAUAAUGAUCUUAAAAAUGCUUAAUAAGAGGAAGAAUACAUAGAUGAAUAAGAUGAAUUAGAUUAUUAACUAACUGAUAGAAGUAAAGUCAAAGAAUAAGAAGAAGGAUCAAAAGCUAAAAAAUAACUAAAAAGGAUUAUAUAAGGAAAUGAAAAAAAUGAUUCAUAAUAUAUAGUUUCAGAAGAUGAUAAAAAAUAAAAUGAUGAAGAUUUUGAAAGAAAUUUAUCAGAAUAAAUAUUAAAUUAAGAAUAAACAAAGAAUUCAUCAGGAUUCAAUUAAUUUAUUGAAAAUUAAACUCCAACCAUCAGAACAAAUAAUAAUGAUUAAAGUAUCUAAAUAAAGAAAGGAAGAUAACCUAGUUUAUAAAAUAUUUAAAAACCUAAAAAAUAACCAAUUACUCCUAGAUAAACUAAAUAUUCUCUACAAAUUGAAUAAUUUAAAGAAGAACAUAAUACUAUUCUAAAUGAGUAAUAAUAUGCUUAAAGAAAUUCACCUUAAUAAAUACCGAAUAAGAAAAUUGAAAAAAUAAAUAAAUAGGCUUCAUAAUCUUAAUUAAUAGAUGGGUCUUAAUAGAAUACAUAAUAAUAGAAUUAAUAAUCAGUUUAAUAAAGAAAAUAAUAACUUGUUUAAGAUAAUGAAUUAUUUUUAAAUAUAAAAAAAUAAAAGUCAGUAAAAACUCAAAAGCAUUCCAUUUUAGAAUAAAAAAAUCUGUCUUAGAUCAAGUCAACUUAAGAAUUUGAUGAAAUUAUUAAUUCAAGUAAUUAAUUCUCAAAUUAAAGAUCAUCUUAUUAAUUUGACUUAAAAUAAAAAGGAUAAAAGUAAAGUUAGGUUGAUAAGAAUAUUAUCAAUUCAUCAUAAAAUGAUGAGUCUCAAUCUGAUGAAUUUGAUUUUGAAUCUUCUCCUAGUAUUUUUAAUAAUAAUUAGAAUGAAAGGGUGAAAUCAGUAAUUAUGUAAUAUAAAGAUCAGAAAAAUAAAAUAAGAAGUAGAUAUAAUCCAAUCUAAUUAGAAUAGAAAAAUUAAAAAAGAUUCAGAAGAAUUUAUAGUUAAAAUACAGAUAUUGCUAAUGGAUUAUUGACAGAUGUUAAAAUGAAAAAAAAGCCUAAUAAGAAAAUACAAUUUUCAAUUUUAUAAUUAUAAAAAUUAGUUACUUAAAUACUAAAUGAUAUUUGCAAAUAAGCUGAAGGAUAUAAGAUACCAUUUCAUGUAUGUAUCUAUGAUUAUUAUAAAAAUAAAUAUGGAUUUAAAUAGGUUGCUGAAAAAAAGAUUCGUUAAGUUUAUUAAUUUAUUUAUUAUGAAAAAGGAAAUCAUAUCAAGGCUUAAUUACUUGCAUAAUUUUGUUAUAUGGUUGGAGAAAUGGAUGAAAUUGGAUAAAAAUUAUUAACAGAAAGUUAUUAAUAUUUUUCAUCAAAAAAUGAUCUCAAUUAUGGUAAAGUUGAUUUAUUAUUAACAUAUGAAUAAGUCAGUGAAUUUCUAACAGAGAAAUCAUCUAGAUGGUUACAUUAACAAUAGAUAUAAUCUUUAUUAUAAUAAUAUAGAAAUUAACAAUAAAAUAAUUAAAGAUAUUUUAUUAAUCAUGAUAAUUUACUUAUUAAAAUAUUAGAAUUAUAUUCAAAUAAUAAAAAAGAUCAAUAAAGUAUAUUAGAAUCUUUGUUUAAAGCAGCUGAUUUAGAUGGAAAUAAAUUAAUUGAAUUUUCAGAGGUACUUUUUUAACUUUAUAAUUUUAGUUUAAAACUUUAUAUAGAGCUAUUCAUUAAUAAAAACUAUCCAAAUCUAAACUCCUCUAAAUAUUUACAAACAAUGCAGAUUUUCAAGAUGAAAAUGGAGAUAAAAUGUUAACUCUUCCAAGAUUUACUGAAAUGUCAAUAGAAUUAGGAAUAUUUUAAAAAGAACUUGUAUUAAAGUAUGGUGAAGGUAGCGAGGCAUUGAUGAAUUAUUGGGAAAGAGAUAAAACUGCUAUUAAAUAUAGGUAUAUAUUUUAGACAUAAAUUAGAUUUUUGAGAGCCAAAAAAUUCUUAAAGGUUAGACACACAUUUUAAGAACUUGAAAAUUAGAUUAAAUAUUAAGAAAAAGAUAAAUAACUCAUUUUAUGGGUAAGUUACAAAUUAUUAAACGAAGAAUCUUAAAGAGUUUUACUAAAGUAUUGAUAUAAAAUAAACUAUAUAGUUAUGAAACUAGAUAAUGUAUGCUUUAAUUAUUGCCAGAACUUUAUAUAAUUGAACAACUAAAUAAAGAUAUUGAAUAGUUAGAGUGA